UUAUACUUUGGUGAAAGUUUGAUUUUUCUGUGUUGAGAUUUGCAUUGAUUCCCAUCUUUUUUGCAUGAUUCAACUCUUUUUUGAGGCUUGAAUGGGAAGAAAGAUUUAAUUUUUUUGGGAAGAGUGUUGAUUGUGAAUACUCCAUGAUUUGUUAUAUGAUGAUGGUGAUGAGUCUUUUGACCACGAAAAGAGAAAAUUAGAAAAAGUGAAAUUAGAGAGAGAAGGUUUGCCCUUUGACAGCGAGCAUUAUAGCUCUUUCCGGGAAUUUUCAAAUUUUUUCUUUUUCACAUCUCUCGUGUGUAGUUGUUAGAUGUAAUGUGCUUUCUUGAAAGGCUGUUGAUGUGGAGAUUUUGGAGAGUCUUUUUACAAAGGAUUUGUGUCAUUCAAUAAUUGGGUCAUUUGAGAGGAGGUGUUCAACAAAAUGCCUAUGUAUCAGCCUUCAAAGAGAGAUGGGCUGGUUGGGUUUGAGGGUGGGCAUAUCUUAGAUCUGGACACUGCCGUCAAAAAUGGAGUCUUGGGCGAAGUUGCAGUUGGGGGUUUUGGUGGAGGGGUAGGAGAAAAGUUGGAUCUGAAGAAAAUGAUAGAAGAGCUAAAUUUACCCGAAGUUCCACCAGUGUUUAUUUGUCCCAUUUCUCUUGAACCAAUGCAAGACCCUGUGACUCUUUGCACUGGGCAAACCUAUGAGAGAUCCAACAUUCUCAAAUGGUUCAGUUUGGGGCACUACACUUGUCCCACUACAAUGCAAGAACUUUGGGAUGAUACAGUAACUCCAAACAGGACCCUUAAUCAUUUAAUCUAUACUUGGUUCUCUCAGAAGUAUUUGCAAAUGAAGAAAAGAUCUGAGGAUGCACAGGGAAGGGCAACAGAGCUUCUCAAUACCCUGAAGAAGGCAAAAGGUCAGGUUAGAAUACAAGCCCUUAAGGAACUUCAUCAAGUUGUGAAGGAUCAUGCCACUGCUAGGAAGUCUGUGGUUGACGAAGGUGGAGUUGUUCUUCUUUCAGCUUUACUUGGUCCCUUUACUUCGUAUGCUGUAGGCUCUGAAGUUAUAGCAACUCUUGUGAACUUGACUCUAGAUUCUGAGUCGAAAACGAAUUUGAUGCAGCCUGGAAAGGUGUCAUCAAUUGUCGAUAUUUUGAAUGAAGGAUCUAUUGAAACAAAAGUCAAUUGUGUUAGGUUAAUUGAAAAACUGAUUGAAGAGAAGGAUUUUGAAGUGGAAAUUCUCUCUAGUCAUAGCUUGUUGGUUGCUUUGAUAAGACUGGUGCGAGAUAAGAGACACCCAAACGGACAUUUAUCCGGGCUUGGCCUUCUCAAAUCAAUUUGCUUACACCAUCAAGUUAGGAAUUUGAUUGUGAGAAUUGGUGCUAUUCCUCAAUUGAUGGAACUGUUAUCUGGCUUGAGUCCAGAUAGCUUGGAAUUAGCUCUUUUCAUUUUGGAUGUCCUGUCGUCUGUCCCUGAAGGUAGACAAGCUUUGAAGGAUUGUUCGUACACUGUACCGAUUAUGGUCAAACUACUUAUGAGAGUUUCAGAAAGCUGUACAGAAUAUGCACUUUCGAUCUUGUGGUCUGUGUGCAAACUCUCCCCUGAUGAAUGCCCAUUAAUAGCCGUGGAUGCCGGUCUUGCAGCAAAGCUUCUUCUUGUCAUCCAGAGUGGUUGCAGUCCAACACUGAAGCAACGAGCUGCUGAGCUUUUGAAGCUCUGCAGUCUGAAUUAUUCAGAUACUAUCUUCAUUUCUAAGUGUAAACUGACCAGAACAAUCCAAUGAAGACAAACCUUGGUUGUUCCUGUACCCACAUCAGCUCCUUUGUUAAUGGUCAAAAGGAGGCGAAGGCCUUUCAGAGUUGAAGGGUUCAAGCUACGGUCUCAGGUUAUUCGACAAGUAAUAUGCAAAAUGUGGUGUCGAGAUUUGAAUUCGGUUUCCCAUAUGUAUUACUUUCUGUUAGCAAAUCGAGAUACAUGAAGAGACAUAAUUCAUGUAAAUGUAAGGGCACACCCUGCUUUGUUGAACAGUUGGCUCUGGCAUAAGUUUCUUAAUAAGCACUGGAAAGUACGAAUGGUUGUGAAACCGAGCUCUAAAAAUGGUUUCAUUUGUAAAGGGAUAAAGAAAGCCUGGAAAGGUGCAAGUUACUUUGUAUCCAGACUAUACUUACAACACCGAAUUGAGCUUGCAAUUUCAAUUGUAAUCGUUCAGCAGCUGCUUUCAGGAAUCUCUUGUGAAUCUCUUGUCCAAUGGAUUCGAGGUCCUUGAUAUUUCGUCUCGACUAUGUAUAAGUUUUGUUUUGGCCUUGUAGAGUGUAGAAAAAGGUUGCUAUUUGGCCGUUUAACAUCCAUUCAAUAUGCACAUUAAUUUCCAAUUUCUGCUCAUUUUGAUAUUAUUUGCACAGUUUCAAAAUUUUGUGUUAUCUGCUCCCCUUUAUGGUUCUA